UGGGGUCACUGGGUGGCACUUGGCUCAAGGGCCGUGGGUCCCGUUUUCACUCCGGCUGCAGUUCCAAUGGCCCGUCGGUCUGUCUGUUGCACCACCAGCUCACCAGAGAUAAUCCAAAACUAUGCUGUCAUCAGAGCGCUGGGUGCUGGGAAAUACGGACAGGUGAAAGAGGUCCAACACAAGGGCAGCAAGCAACGUUUCGCGUGGAAACAAGUCCUCAGUGACAGUUCCCCUGAGUCCGAGCCAGAAGUGCAGCUGCUUCGAAACUUGAGGCAUCAGAACAUCAUCCAAAUCCAUGAGGUGUAUAGUGCACCAGGGGUCGUGGAUAUGGUCUUGGAGCUGUGCACGGAAGGCAGCAUGAAGAGGUACAUGCGGUCACGUGUGGAGAAAUGUGAUGGCGCGAGCAUCUACUGCCCACCGGGCAGGCAUGAGAUUGCAAGGUCGCUUUUUCAGCUGCUGUCGGCCGUGAGUUUCCUUCAUCAGAACGAGGUGGCGCAUCGCGACAUCAAACCCGACAAUGUGCUGCUCUCGGGACGGACAUGGAAACUGGCCGACUUUAAUCUGGCCUGCAACUUCGGAUCGCGCACGCGAAAGGUCAUGCGAAGCAAAGCUGGCACCAGGCCCUUCAUGGCCCCUGAGGUAUUGGAGAAAGGAAGGUCUUACACGGAGAAGUGUGACAUCUACAGCUUGGGGGUUCUCUUCAUCGCCCUGCGAACGGGACAGCAUUACUGGCACCCUGAAAGCUGCGAGGACGAACAGGGCGCAGAAGUAGCAAGAAGCCUCUUGACGGAGGAGAGAUGGCAAGGCAUGGGUCGUGGAGCCCUGCCCUUUGCCGUAGAGAUGAUUUCUCCAGAAGCAGAUCGCUGUGAUGCGGAGGAAGCGCUUGCGAAACCCUGGUUGGUUCAGCAGCUUGGCGGUCCACUGGUUGGUGAGGUCAGCUGCUGCAGUAUCAGCUGACUUCACCAGAUGAACUUCCCAAAAUUUGAGAUGGAACCCCCA